GUCCAGAACCGCCUUGAUCUUAUCCUCCGAUGGCCUCACCUGCCCGCCCUCGAGCACAAAACCUAGAAAGAUAACAUGGACACUGGUGCUAUUACGGUUGCUGCUCUUGGUAGACCUUUUACCAUAGGCAUGCUCUAUGAUGCCAACGAAGAUCGUCUCCUUCCAGGCUUCACCCUGUGGGAUGAGAAGACUCUAAAGGGGAUGAUUAAAGUGGAUGAAAAAAGAACAAGUGAUUCAAAUUACAUUUUUUCUGAUUCCUUAGAGGAGAAGUGUAAAGUGAUGGAUAUUGGUGCCUCUCUGAAGGCCAGUAUAAUGGCUGGCAUGUUUGAAGUUAAAGGAUCUGCAAAGUAUCUCAACAAUCAGAAAAAAUCCCGGAAUCAACUACAACUAACCUUUCAGUACAAAACCACCACCAACUUCAAACAACUGAAUCUGGGUCCUGAUCAACUAAAAACAAAGGAGAUAGAUGAGGAUAUAAAGCGCUCGGCCACUCAUGUUGUCACCGGUAUUGAAUAUGGUACAAAUUUUUUCUUUGUGUUUGAUUUAGAGAACUCAAGCACAGAAACCAUUCAGGAAACUGAGGCCCAUUUUAAAGCUGUCAUGACCAAGUUUCCUCAUUACAAGAUUGGGUUAGGAGCUGACUUCCAACUGUCUGAAAAGGAAAAAAAAGUGAUUGAAAAUGUUUCCUGCUCGUUUUAUGGAGACAUGAUACUUGAAAAAAACUCCAGGAACUUUGAAGAAGCACUAUUGGCAUACUCAACACUUCCAGAACUACUGGGCAAAAAUAAAGAGUACGGUGUUCCAAUGAAGGUCUGGAUGAUGCCACUGAAAACAUUUGAUCCAUCAGCUUCAGAGAAGAAGAUGGAAAUCAGUGUGAAACUUUUAAAAAAGGCUGAGAAUGUGCUGCAAGAGUUGAAUGACCUGAUUAUUAGAUGCAAUGAUUGCUUGAAAGGGAGCUAUCAGCUCCCACUGAUUACUGAAGCUUUGUCAAAUUUCAAGCAAUAUUGUGUUAGCUAUAGACAGAAACUUAUAUGUAUGUUUGCAGAGAAGUUUCCCAAAAUUAGGGCAGGAAAAGAAGAUGAGAAUGAUUUGCUGAAAAUCUUGGAUGACAAAGAAAUGUCUCCUUUGAGUUCAUUUAAUUUAGGGAAAUGGAUGAAAAGUACUGAAAGAGAAGUUAAUGUUAUCAAAAGCUGUGUUGAGGCAAUGGAGUCAGUAAAGGUCCUCAGUAAAGACAACGAGUUUGAUAAGGAGCUUCUUUCCACUGAAGUAGAGGAAGUUCUCAACUUUGUUUUCACCUCAUUGAAAAGUGUGGAUCCCUAUCUUCAGAAAAUGGAAGAUUACAUUUGCACAAUGACCUGCAAUGCCACAGGGAAGGUCAGUCCAUGCAAAGAUGACCCGUGGUACUACUCAAUCCCAGUGAUACAAGACAUGCAAAAAAAAGCUUUGGUGAUGGGUAGACUUGCAAAGGCCCUGAAGAAUGAAAAAAAAUACAGAUUUUUUAUAUCAGCCACCAGAAAUGACGAAGUUAAAGGAGCAACCAUCUAUCACUAUAGUCAUAAACAAUUGAUCACAAAGGAUUUUCAACAACCUCACUUGCCAGCUCCAGAAAAGAUAAAAGAAAGAAGAGACGUGCUAUGGUAUGCCAGUGAGGUCACCCUGGAUCCAGAUACAGCACACCCAAACCUCAAAGUUUCUUCUGAUCAUAAGAAAGUGGAACACGGAGACCAGCAAUGGUAUAAAGAUAAUCAUCAGAGAUUUAUUGAGCAACCUCUGAUUAUGUGCAAAGAAAAGCUAUCAGGCCACUGCCACUACUGGGAGAUGGAAGUGAACAGUAACACCAGUGUAGAUAUUGGUGUCUGCUAUGGAUCCCUAGAUAGGAAAGGAUUAAUCGGGUUUAGUUCAAGCUGGUCAUUAGGAUGGAGAGGAAAUACAUUCUAUAUACAGCAUGACAACAAGAGUCAAAGAAAACCCUGUCCCAGCAUUGGCUUCUCCCGUAUUGGGGUGUUUCUGAAUUGCAGCUGUGGGUGUUUGACCUACUACAUAGUCAGAGAUACUAAACUGGAUCACAUUCACACAUUUCGCAAUACGUUCUCAGAACCCGUCUUCCCAUGUAUGAAACUGGGUACAAAAGGUAGCUGGUUGUCCCUGUGUAUGUGAUGAGUUUCAUUUUCAAAACAAACAACCAAAAAAAGGCCUACACAAAGGCAGGAGAUAUGAAAGUCAGAGGUAAUUAAUUGAACAAUCAAGUUACUGGUAUUUUUCUUCUCUCUACGUGCAAUUUACCUUAUCAUUACAUAAACAUAGUAGAUAACAUUAGUCAGCAUGUUAUUGGCCUGUCCUCUGAGGGUUUUUUCAAUGUUGUUUGAUUGUCCAAGUUUAAAAAUGCCACAAUCUGGCUAAAAGCUAAAAAAAGGCAGUUAUGGACAGAGAAAUCAUCCUGAGGAGGAAAAACUGUUGCACACAGGUCUAGAAUUUUACUCCUAAAUGAUUUAUUAUCCAUGCCAAUAAAAGAGCAAUACUCAAAACAAAGUUGGGACUACAGUUAAUGUCAGGAUAUUAACAUUACACUUUUUUGUGUGCUUACUUUUUGCAGUUUAGGUCAACCAAUCAAUCAAUCAAUCAAUAUUUAUUGUCAACUACAAUUUGCAUUGUAGUCGAGAUUGCAUUUUCAGUUAAAGCGGUCAUCAAAUACAUCACAAAAAUGGGGGGGUAGGGAGUUUUCUUGGGGUGCCGCCAUUAUUUUUGUGGAAAAAUAGGAGCCAUAUUGUGAGGGGAGAGGCAAAAAAAGCAGUACUAGUAAUACCCAAUUAUUAAUUUUUUAUUGUUUUACCAAUAAAUAUGUUAUUUUAUUAUUUUUGAAAUGCAUAGUAGCUGUAGAUAAUAUAGUUCUGAUAUUAUUACAUUUAUUCAAUUGUUCUAAUGUUUGGGAAAUAAAAUCAAAAUAGGGGUAAAAAACUGAUCUCUUAACAUUUUUCGCAAUUCAUAUUUUUCAAUUUUAAUUUUGUUUGUAUUUCCUUUGGGUUUUGGGUUUAAUUUUAAUUUUACAUUUCUUUAUGUUGCUGUUUUGUAUUUUACUUUUCAUAUUUUUUGUGUUGGAGAUUAAUAGUCUUUUGGACCUUCAAUCAUGUUAGGAUUGAAUACAAGUUCUAAUCUUUUUAAUUGUUUCUAAUAAAUUCAUGUUUUUGAUUAUUUCCGAAUUACAUAACUGCAAAUAACAACUUAUUUCUAAUAAUAGUAUGUAAUUGUAAUUCUCCUUGAAAAAUCAUUGACAAUACAGUUGCUUUUAAUUAUAUUCCAAACUAGAAAAACCUGAGUAAUUACCUGGAUAAUAUGUUGCCAUGACAGUAUCUAUAACUCAAACGUCAAAAAAUACAUCCUUAUUCCAUAUUUCAUUCUAACCUAACAAAUUCCCAAGAAUUAUUGCAUAUGCAUCUGUUUAAGAAAUGUACAUUAAAACCAAUGAAAUA